AUGUCAUAUCCCUUGCACUGGCUCAAAACCACUUUCUCCUCGCGGACACGCACCGUUGAACUCCUUCAGCCGGAGUUAGAGAAAGGUGUCAUUACCCAGCACGAUUUUGAUACAGCAACUAGAUUCCUGCCUGGGGGGCACAGACACUGGCCUGCGAUAUAUGGCGUCGGGGCUGCAGGUGCCACCCUUGGCUAUGGGCACUCCAUGGCUCGUCCCAGGUGGUCUCACACCAAACUUGUAUGGGGCUCGGGCGCUGCUACCCUGGUUGGGAUGGUUUUUGGCCAGGUUAGACAAGUCCUGGCCCACAGGCAGUUCACAGAAGCCCUGGAAAACCCCGGAGGCUUUAUAGAAGCGUUGCAGAAUAUUGACCGCAGACUUGGCGGCGAUGGGCAUUUGGGUUUCACGCUGGAACGCAUCCGAAAGGAUGGUGCACGUUUGGACGACACUGCUACUUCCGGGAGUAGAGAACAUGGCCCUGAGAUGGUUACCGGUUCAACCCAAGCAGCUCAACCGAAAAAUCGCUGGGAGGAAAUUCGUGCAGUGAACGCGCGUUCUUCUGGUUAUGUGUCUUCUUGGGACACUAUCCGACAGCGCCAUGAACGGAACAGACUGCCCAACUCAACUUCGUCGCAGAGUCACGACCUACCGCCGUCUGCAUCCGAUGAUCGGGCAGCAGAGCAAGCCAAAUUUGACGCUAUUCUGGAGGCCGAAAGAAGUAGAGGACAAUCACAGGGCUCUCGCGAUUUUGUAUGA